UUUAGCUUUUAGGUUGAAGGUAGUCAGAAUGCGCUCAGCUGUGAUGUGUCGUGCACUUUCAAAAGCCUUGCAGAGGCAUGUCUCAGCGAUGGCUGUUUGUUCUGGAAUCAGAAUGCCGCAAGUUUUGAUAGCUCGACAGGUGUCAUCUACUCGACAACUAAAUAAUGAAUUAAUUGAUGCUCUAAAGAAUGAAAUUACGGCUGAAAAACAGCUAGAGAAGGAAAAUCUUCGUGGUGAACAAGCUCCAAAAAUCUCGGGUUUCGAAAUUACAACUGAUGGUGCCAACGUACAGUUGGCAAAGAUCCAUGGCAAAGAAAAAAUUAACGUUUACUUCAAUGUCAAUCAUUCAGUGGAUAUGGAAGGCGAAGAAGACGAGGAUGAAGGAGUUCCACUUGCCUUGCCUUCGCUUACGAUAGAAAUCAUCAAAGCACAGCAGCGAUUGUGUUUUUAUCUCGACUUAUGCGAGAAUGAAGAUGCAGCGGAAGCAAAUGAACGAUUCGAUUUCCGUGUGGCAGAAUUUUACAUUGCUCCAGCAUCCAAAGGAACAGAGGAUGAAGACGUACCUGAAUCAGUGUAUUCUUCAUCCGGCAAAUAUAUUGACCCAACUUUGCAUGAUCUUUUGUUCAAUCAUUAUUUGGCGGAACGUGGCUUCGAUCAGAAAUUUUGCCGUGAAGUUGUGGAUUUUGCUACACACUAUGAGCACUCACAAUAUGUUAAACUGUUAACGGAUAUCCAAUCAUUUGUUUCGAGAUGAAGAAAAAGGCAUUAGUAAAAUGGCUGUUGCUUAUGAAAUCUUUCAAAGUAACUUCUGAGCUGAAACUCCAUAAGAUACUUUGUUUCUUUGUGUGUUUGGGAGUCCUUUAAUUAAUUCAUGUUGAAUUUUACGCAUUCUAUGGCUAUGAAUCGUUGAUCUUAAUACCU